AUGGUAGACGUGACGGAUUAUAUUAUGGAUACGGAGAUUGUAAUUCGUGAUAAAGGAGCAGAAGACGGAAAUCCAGAGAACCGCGUUCCAACAAAUAAGAAGAAGGGAGAUGAUAUCCUAGUGGCCGAGUUAGAUAAGAAGAGUAAAGU